AUGCUUCUUCUCCCACUGCUGGGAGUCCCUGUUUCUGUGGACAAAGUGCUGACCAGGCUUUCUGUGCGCAAGCUGAACAACGCCCUGAAGGUGGACAUCGUCGGACGCUACGUGACCCUGGAAACAGAUUUCGGGCUGAUUGUCUCUUACGACACAGAUCACUCGGUGGAGAUCAGGGUCCCCACCACCUUCUUCAACAAGACCUGCGGCAUGUGUGGGAACUUCAACAACCUCGGGCAGGAUGACAGCAUGAUGCCCAACGGAGAGCAAGCCCAGAACUCCAAUCAGCUGGGGAACAGUUGGCAGGUGCCCAACGCAGAGUACGACCCCCCUGAUUGUAUAGCCAAACCACCACCACCACCUUGUCCCUCAGAGCUAAAGGAUCUCUAUGAGACCGAGGCCUAUUGCGGACAGCUGACCAGUAGCCAGGGUCCGUUGGCAGCUUGCCAUUCUGCAAUCAACCCCAACAGCUUCUUCCAGAAUUGCGUCUUUGACCUGUGUGAACUGCAUGGGUCCCAGCAGGCUUUGUGUGGGGCUUUGGAGGCGUACGCUGAUGCCUGCCAAAGAGCUGGCGUGCAGCUUCCCGACUGGAGGAAUGCCACUUCCUGCGAGAUCCCUUGCCAUGAUCACAGCCAUUACAAUGUGUGCGCCACUUCCUGUCCUGCCACGUGUUCCAAUCCACUGGCUCCAUGGAACUGCACCAAGCCUUGCGUGGAGGAUUGCGAAUGCGACAAAGGCUUUGUCCUAAGCGGAGCUCAAUGUGUGCCGCAGGAGGAUUGCGGCUGUGUAGAUGGAGACCAAUAUUAUGAGGUUUGUUCCCCAGCAACGUCCUCUGCGGCCACGACAGAACCUGCAGCAACUUUUACAACAGGACAGGGUCCUCAUCUUCACCUUGGGCUUUUCUCCAACAGAAAGGAGAGACGUUCUGGCAGCCGGGUUGCGUCGGCCGAUGUCGCUGCGAAGAACACGGAAUCUUGUCCUGCUUCCCAGACAAUUGCCAAAAAGACCAAGUCUGCAAAGUACAGAACGGCAUCCUGA